UACCUUCGGUUUCACAAAAUUAAUCACGGUAAAGAAACAGAAGAAAAUGCAUCUGGAGUUUCUCUUCCACUCGCUAAGGAGUUAGAACGCCCAAAGUUACACGUUUCAAUGCAGCGUUGUCCCUGCACAGUAUCAAUAUGUCUCUCUCUUGCUCUCGCGCCGUAAAUUGUUGUAAUGGCUGAUUUGAUUACUGCUACUGCUACUGCUACUGAUUUUUUGGAUACAGUUUGGUUCAAUGAAAUUGAUUGGCUCUCCCCAUAACAUACUGAUACUCUUUUGAAAUAGAUUUGAAGAUAUAAAAGGAUAAGGGCAUAACUGUACGACGGGUUACUUUCAUCGUAUAAGGUCGAGGAUGUCUGCUUCAAAUGCAAAAGCCAAUUGGACGCCUACAUACCAUAAAGUAUUUGUUGGGCUGUGUCUCAGAGAAGUGUUAAAGGUGAACGAGCCUGGGACACGACUUACCAAGGAGGGUUGGAGGAACAUUGUUGAAUCCUUUUAUGCAAAGACUGGUGUGAGAUAUGACAAAAAACAAUUCAAGAAUCAUUAUGAUUCCACCAGGAAACUAUGGAAGGUCUGGGUGAAGUUGACUCGUGAUAGUAGCAUGAAAUGGGAUCCAGAAACUAAUAAGUUUGGUGUUUCUGAGGAAGACUGGAGCGAUUAUAUAAAGGCAAACCCAGAAGCUGCACAGUUUCAGUCAAAGGAAAUCCAGUUUAAAGAUGAAUUGGAUAUCAUCUUUGAUGGAGACAUGCCUUCUGAGGAAAUUAAAAAUUCAAUACGUCUUAAGUGGCAGGAUGAUGCUUCAGCUACAUCUCAUAUGCAUCGAAAGGAGUUUGGGAAGAAGCGCAAGAGUGUUGGUAGGGAUUAUGAAUUAGAUACUUCUGAUAUGGUUAAUUUUCCGCUAACUCCAAAAGCCACAUGGACACCUGUCUACCAUAGAAUAUUUGUUGAUUUAUGUCUUGAAGAAACUUUGAAGGGGAAUAAGGCUGGGACACAUUUUACCAAGGAGGGCUGGAGGAAUAUUAUAGGAUACUUUUAUGCAAAGACUGGUGUGAGAUAUGACAAAAGACAAAUUAAGAAUCAUUUUGAUUCAACCAGAAAACUAUGGAAAAUCUGGGUUAAGUUGAUUGGUGAUGAUAGCAUGAAAUGGGACCCAGAAACCAACAUGUUUGGUGCUUCAGAGGAAGACUGGCUCAAUUAUCUAAAGGCAACCCCAGAAGCUUCACAAUUUCGGUUUAAGGAAAUCCAGUUUUCUGAAAAAUUGGAUAUCAUCUUUGGUGAAAGUAUACAAAGCUGGGAAAUGAGACCUUCAACUAGUAGUGAGAGACAGAAUGAUGCUUCAGCAGCUACAUCUCCUUUAUCCGGAGAGCGAGGGAAGAGACAUAAGAAUGUUGAUGAGGAUAUUGACUUUAAGAGUGCUAUUUUGGUUAAUGCUACACCAAUCAGUGCAAUUGCAAGUGAGCAAAGCAUGUCAUGUUCAUCAUAUACCAAGGUCAAAGCCACGUGGACCCCUUCAUUGCACAAGACCUUUAUUGAUCUAUGUCUGGAGGAGACAUUAAAGGGAAAUAAGCCGGGAACCCAUUUUACUAAGGAAGGAUGGAAGAAUAUUAUGGAAUCAUUUUAUGUGAAAUCUGGUUUGAAUUAUGGCAGAUUACAAUUUAAGAAUCACUGGGAUUCUACGAAGGAACAAUGGAGAAUUUGGUGUAAGCUUGUUUGCACUAGUUACAUGAAAUGGGAUCCAUCUAACCAUCAAUUUGAGGCUAGUGAUGAAGAUUGGACCAACUAUUUACAGACAAACCCAGAAGCUGCCCAAUUUCGCUAUAAGGAACUUCAAUUCACCGAUGCGUUGGAAACCAUCUUUAAUGGUUCUACUGUUACAGGCGAGACUGAACCUGCUGUGCAACAAAGGAAAAGCGACGGUAGUGUUAAUACUUUACCUUCACAUGCAAAAGAACCUGACAUAGCCAGCUUAGAUGAGAAGACUGAAUGUCUUUGUGAUGCUGUUGCAUCGAGAAAUGGUGUGACUGUUCAAAAGAAUGCCUUUGCAGUUUCAUCUGGUGAAGGCAAACGUAGUUAUAGUAUUGGUGAAUGCAUUGAAUGCCUUGAUGGAAUGGAAGAAAUAGAGCAAGGAAGUGACCUAUAUUUGUUUGCUUUAGACGUGUUCCUUAGGCAGGAACAUAGGGAAAUUUUUCUCCAGUUGAAAAAGUCUACUCUUAGGAUCUCAUGGUUGCAGCGGCUUCAGUCUGUUGGUCAAUCUUAACUUUAGGUUUUUUCAAACUUUCUUCAUAAUCAUCAUCCUCAUCAUCAUCAAUUUUUAGAAAUAUAUUUUACAGUGCUGCAUACCGUCAAGUGUUUAGGCAUUAGUCUGUUCCUUGCAUGACGAUGAUAUAUUGUGGUAAGCUUACAUGGAAGCUUAGAAAUGUAUAUAAUGGAUUUUCUCUUCCCUUCCCUUGUAAUGCAAUCCUCUUAAUACUAUUUUGAUGUUAUUUUGUGGCGACUACUUUACAAUUUUUAUUCGGCUAAA